AUGACGUCAGAUACGAGGCCUUGGGGCCAGUCGCCCACUGAUACCCAAUUGGCAAAGAUUGUUGCAAUACUACUAAAUUCUCAGGGUUUCCAUUUUUCGGAAGAGUUUUUGAGCCAGAUGUAUGAAUUAGUUAUUGAAUACAUGAACCACCUUUUGGGCAGCUUGCUCGAUUACACACAAUUACAGCGUCGACGAAAACCAGUGCUUUCAGAUAUCAAGCUUGUGUUAAAAGAGAAUGAAAUCAGGCCAAGUGAUUUAGCAGAGCAAAUACAGUACAGCAGAAGCUUUCCAGCUUCUCACAGACAACAGAUACUGGCCGUCAUCUCGGACAGUAAUGAAGAGCCCGUAGACAACGAGAGAUCGUCGAACGAGCAAUAUGAAAUAACGGAAGUUGUACCCAAUAUCAGAACGAAACCCAGCUACAUCCCUUCGUACUUGCCGGAUUUACCUCCCGAUUACACCUACCAGUCAACGCCCACAUACUCGCAACCAUUGACUGACCUCAAGCAGCUUCGAAUGAAAUUGGUUCAAGAAUCAAGACUUACAGAGGAAUCCUUGUACAAGUUGAUUGAAAGCGAUGAGAGCGAGUUGAAGUUGAAAGCUCAAUUUGAAAAUGAAUUGGACCAGUUGAUGAAGAGUGAGAGCGUCGCGCGUCUCAAUGAUGAAGGAGAGACAAGGAUAGAUGAAAAAGAGGAAACAAAGGCUGCUGACGUGACAGAUACCGCAUCAUCGGCCGCUGUUCCAUAUGAUACAACCAAUAAGUUUGAUUUCAUAAAAUAUGCCCAACAACGGAAAGACUUACAACUUCGAAAGCAGUCAAAACUCGAGGAACAACAACAAAAAAGAGAUGCCGACAUAUUCAUGAAGGCAGAGCUUUAUUACAGCCCAUAUGCAACAAGAGACCCAACAACAGAAACUGAUAAAUAUUUUAAAGACAUUUUAAAUGACGAGUUUAAAAAGGUCAUUGCUUCGAUAAGAGCAUCGGAGGAGAGGAGACAAAAAGAGUUGGCAGCACAGAAGGAGUUAAAGGAGAAACAGGAGAGAGAGUUUCGAGAACAGAACGAGAUACAGUUUAAUUUUCAGAAUAAGGAUGCUUCCGAUAGUAGUGAUCUCGAUAGUGACAUAAUAGAGGAAUUCUAG